UGACAUUCUUAAGAAGAAAAGUUAACUUUGGAUCAGUUUGAAGUUUAGAGUCAUCGAGUUUACUAUCAGAGGUCUAAUUAUACUUUCCCCUCCCCACUCCUUUAUAAACUGAUUUGGAAGUUUUAUUCCUAUGCCUGCACUGUAGACUGUCUUUAAUACUGUUCAGAUGCUUUCACUCAAGAGAUCAGAAUAUGAGAGUUUUUGUAUUUCUGACCCCAGGCAAGGAGUAAGGAGCCCUACACCAGUACAACCUGUGGUGACUCAGCCUGCCUGGGGAGUCUAUGACAGGACCACUAUCACAACUAUGGCACAGACUCCAGUGGAUUGGAGCACUAGCCUCUUCAAUGUUUGCAGUGACAAAAAAAUUUGUUUCUGUGGUCUCUUUUGUACCAUGUGUCUUGAGUGUAACAUUGCACGGCAUUAUGGGGAAUGUUUAUGUUGGCCAUUAUUACCCAACUCCACCCUUGCAUUAAGAGUAGGCACCAGAGAGAGACAUAAAAUACGGGGCACUUUAUGUGAAGACUGGUUGGUUGUGCACUGCUGUUGGCCCCUUUCUGUCUGCCAGAUGGCUCGGGAACUUAAGAGGAAGACAACUCAAAUGUAUGAAGUUUGUGCAGCUCCAAGUUCAACUCAAGUUUUUGGGGCCUCUGGAACUAAAGAGUUAAUUAUUUAAAAGAAAUAUGUUUUUAUUUCUCCCAAAAAAGCAGCAAACAACUUGAUGUAUAAGAAAAAAUGAUCCCACUUUCUUUGUAAUUAUUAUACAAUGACAUAAUAUUAAAAAUAAACUAUUUUUCACAUUGUA